AUGGAUGUGAUGCAGGAGACCUACAGGAACCUCUCUGCCAUAGGCUACAAGUGGAAAGACCAUAAUAUUGAAGAACACUGUAACAGUUCUAUAAGAAAUAGAAGGCAUCUUCAAAGACAUGAAAACAUUCACAUUGGAGGGAAACCAUAUGAAGUUCUUCAAAAAGGUGGAGCCUUUGCAUGUCACAGUUGUCUCAAACUCCAUAAAAUAACAGGUGCUCAUGAGGUAGCCCAUGAAUGUAAUCAACGUGGUAAAGCUUUUUCACAACACAGCAGUCUCAUAAGUCAUAAAACAACACAUAUUAGAGACAAACACUAUGAAUGCAAUCAGUGUGGUAAAGCUUUCUCUCAUAUCAGUGGUCUUCAAUAUCAUAAAAGAACACACACUGGAGAGAAACUCCACAGCUGCAAACAAUGUGGUAAAAAUUUUUCAUGGCUUAGUCACCUUGAAGUACACCAAAGAACACACACUGGAGAGAAACCCUAUGGAUGCAAUCAGUGUGGUAAAGCUUUUGUAAGUCAUAGUCAUUUUAACAGACACAAAAGAACACACACUGGAGAGAAACCCUAUGCAUGUAAUCACUGUGUUAAAGCAUUUGCAAGUCAUGGUCAACUUCAAGUACAUAAAAGAACACACACUGGAGAGAGACCCUAUGCAUGUAAUCACUGUGCUAAAGCAUUUGCAAGUCAUGGUCAACUUCAAGUACAUAAAAGAACACACACUGGAGAGAGACCCUACAACUGCAAUCAAUGUGAUAAAACUUUUUCACACAACAGUCAUCUUCAUGUACAUCAAAGAACACACACUGGAGAGAAACCAUAUGAAUGUAAUCAAUGUGGUAAAGCCUAUUCACAUGCCAGUAGUCUUAAAUAUCAUAAAAGAACACAUACUGGACAGAAACCUUAUGAAUGCAGUCAAUGUGGUAAAAUCUUUUCACAUGCCAGUGGUCUUAAAUACCAUAAAAGAUCACACACUGGAGAGAAACUGUAG